GGAAGGUCGGAGGAGAAGCCAGGAGCAAGUCGGGCCCUUUGGCUUCCUCCCUGUUGUAGGUAGAAGCAGCGAAGGGAGGGAGCUGAAAUAGGUGGAAUGCUGCUGCACAUUCUUUCUCUCCCCAAAUGUUUUUAUCCUUUUGCUCCAUGAUUUGAAGCAGCUGCCUGUGAUUUUCUGCUGGGAGAUUUUAAAAACAAUCAUAUUUUUUUAACAUGUCAUGUUAUUGACAAGUUGCUUUCCUGACAAGCGAGGAGUUUCAUGGGCAAAAGGGAGGCUUUCAAUCUUGCAUAGGAUUUGGGCACCAUUCUCACCUGUUAAUGUCCCCCACCUUUCCAAAACUGGAUCAAAGAAAAUGGAGUUAAUGCAUUUCUGGGGCAUUUUGCACACCGAAGUAGACAUGAUUGUUUACGUGAACAAAUGCUUUGUUGUGUGUUUCUGUGUGACUAGACAUGCACAUGGUGUGGUUUACCCCCAUUCUUCAUACAAGGCCUUCAAACGUUCCUUGGAAAAGGGUUUUAGUUUAGUUCCCCAAAUACAGGCAGCUUCUUUUCGAGCUCCCGUUUUCUAGACCUUGCAGUGUAGGUGUCUCCCUCCCUUUGGCUUCAUGAGAUUUCUGUGCUAAGGAAAAGAGAGAAACAAAUGGCAUUUAACAGGCUUAAAAUCUUAGGCAGGUCCCUGGCCAGCAGGAGUGAGCCUAGAUCCCUGGGAGCCUUGGGCUGCUGGUGCUUCAGGAUCCUAAAUCCGUUGGAGCCAAAGGAAGCCAGUCAUAAAAUUUUUGGAUGUAGAGAGGUUUUGAGGGUGAUUGAGAGCCAACAACUAAAGCCCAGGACACUUUAAAUCAGUUUUCUACAAACUACCAUCCUCCAAAUGUUUUUUUUGAAAGCUUCCUGGGAAUAUUCAAUGCUGGAAUCUUAACUCCUGUGGAAAUUGGGAAGGCUGCUCAGAGGAAUUCUGCCCUCUAGUGAGAUUUAGGCCCUGCAAGAAUGCAGAUGAAAAAAUAAUAUCUCAUAUCUACCAUGUUUCCCUGAAAAUAAGACCAGGUCUUUAUUAAUUUUUGCUACAAAAGACCCAUUAGGGCUUAUUUUUUUCAUACAAGCGCAUCCAGCAGAACAGUGCCGCCACCAUGAGGUGAAGCAGGGGGCAGGGCUGGCACCACACCGCGACCCCUGCACGCUUGCCGCCACCUCUGUGGAAAAGAAAAAGCAGGUGGAAAAGGUCCAUCCAGCAGAUGAGAGACAAAGGAGAGAAUAACAAGACCAAAGUUUUGAUCUGGAUAAAAUAAGAGUAUGUGGAACUGAAGCCAACAUUACCUAAGAAGUCAAGCAGGAUAAGAUCCAAAUAAACAAAAUGUGGAAAUAACUGGAAGUCAGUGGGAACGAAAAGAUUCUUUGGACAGCCAAAAUGGACAGGUAUUAAUGAAAGUCUUUCACAAAGGAAAGACUGGCUUGAAUAAAAAACCUCCAAGUAAUAGAUCAGAAAUAUUUUUGGCCACCUCAAGAGUCCAAGAAUAUCAGUGGUGGAAAACCCCUACAGACUGCCUAUUAUGGAUGAGAGGAUCCACCCAGUGAAAACCUAUACAAAUACUUGGAGUGUGGUGAAAACUUUACUGAAAAAAACUUCCACAUGAUUCAUGGAAGUACCCAUACCGAAGAGAAGUGUACUAGUGCUCCCAGUGUGGUAAAAGAUUUAGCAUGCAGACCAAUCUGGUGAGACACAAGAAGUCUCAAACUGGGGACAAACUCUUUGAAUGUCCGUCUUGUGUGAAAAGUUUCACUAGGAAUUCUGACCUGGUGAUACACAAAAGGACUCACACAGGAGAAAAAUCAUAUGAAUGUUCAGAUUGUGGGAAAAGUUUCAGUCAGAAUUCCCAUCUGGUGGUUCAUCAGAGGAUUCAUUCAGGAAAGAAACCAUAUAAGUGCUGUGAUUGUGGGAAAGGUUUCUCUCAGAAUUCGAGCCUGGUCGUACACCAGAGGACUCACACAGGAGAGAAACCAUACAAGUGUCCAGAUUGUGAGAAAAGUUUCAGUCUCAAUUCCAACCUGGUGAUUCACCAGAGGACUCACACAGGAGUGAAACCAUAUGAGUGUCCAGAAUGUGGGAAAAGGUUCAGUCAGAUUUCCCACCUGGUAAGACAUCGGAGGACUCACACAGUAGAAAAACCAUACGAGUGUUCAUAUUGUGGGAAAAGUUUCCAGGAUAAUUCCAACCUGGUGAUUCACCAGAGGACUCAUUCAGGAGAGAAACCAUAUGAGUGUCCAGAAUGUGGGAAAAGUUUCAGUCAGAAUUCCAACCUGGUGAUUCACCAGAGGACUCAUACGGGAGAGAAACCAUUUGACUGUCCAGAUUGUGGGAAAGGUUUCAGUCAGAAUUCCCACCUGGUGAGACAUCGGAGGACUCACACAAUAGAAAAACCAUAUAAGUGUUCGGAUUGUGGGAAAGGUUUCCAAGAUAAUUCCAACAUGGUGAUUCACCAGAGGACUCAUAUGGGAGAGAAACCAUAUGACUGUCCAGAUUGUGGGAAAAGUUUCAGUCAGAAUUCUCACCUGGUGAGACAUCGGAUGACUCACACAAUAGAAAAACCAUAUAAGUGUUCGGAUUGUGGGAAAGGUUUCCAGGAUAAUUUCAACCUGGUGAUUCACCAGAGGACUCAUACGGGAGAGAAACCAUAUGAGUGUCCAGAUUGUAGAAAAAGUUUCAGUCGGAAUUCCCACCUGGUAAGACAUCGGAGGACUCACACAGGAGAUAAACCAUAUGAGUGUUUGGAUUGUGGGAAAAGUUUCCAGGAUAAUUCCAACCUGGUGAUACACCAGAGGACUCAUACGGGAGAGAAACCGUAUGAGUGUCCAGAUUGUAGGAAAUGUUUCAGUCAGAAUUCCCACCUUGUGGAACAUCGGAGGACUCACACAGGAGAAAAACCAUACGAGUGUCUUGAAUGUGGGAAAAGUUUCAAUCAGAAUUCCCAUUUGGUGAUACACCGGAGGACUCACACAGGAGAGAAACCCUAUGAAUGUCCGGAUUAUUGUGGGAAGAGUUUCCAGCAGAAUUCCAAGCUGGUGAGACACCAGAGGACUCACACGGGAGAGAAACCAUAUGACUGUCCAGAUUGUGGGAAAAGGUUCAGUCAGACUUCGAACCUGGUGAUACACCGGAGGACUCACACUGGAGAAAAACCAUAUGAGUGUCCCGAUUGUGGGAAAAGUUUCCAGCAGAAUUCUAAGCUUUUGAUACACCAGAGGAUUCACAUGGGAGAGAAACCAUAUAAGUGUCCAGAUUGUGGGAAAAAUUUCAAUUGGAAUUCUGAGUUGGAAGUACACCAAAGGACUCACACUGGUGAAAAACCAUAUGAGUGUCCAAAUUGUGGGAAAAGUUUCAGUCGGAAUUCUCACCUGGUGCAACACCAGAGGACUCACACAGGAGAAAAACCAUACGAGUGUCCUGAUUGUGGGAAAGAUUUCUCUCGAAAAUCUGACCUGGUGAAACAUCAGAGGACUCACACAGGAGAGAAACCAUAUGAGUGUUCAGAUUGUGGAAAAGGUUUCAAGGGGAAUUCUGACCUGGUGAUACACCAAAGGACUCACACUGGUGAAAAACCAUAUGAGUGUCCAAAUUGUGGGAAAAGUUUCAGUCGGAAUUCUCACCUGGUGGAACACCAGAGGACUCACACAGGAGAAAAACCAUAUGAGUGUCCGGAUUGUGGGAAAUGUUUCCAGCAGAUUUCCAAGUUGGUGAUACACCAGAGGACUCACACGGGAGAGAAACCACAUAAGUGCCCAGAUUGUGGGAAAAGUUUCAGUUGGAAUGCGUACCUGGUGAGACACCAGAGGAGUCACACAGGAGAGAAACCAUAUGAGUGUCCAGUUUGUGGGAAAAGUUUCAGUUGGAAUGCUGACCUGGUGAGACACCAGAGGACACACACAGGAGAGAAACCAUAUGAGUGUCCAGUUUGUGGGAAAAGUUUCAAUCAACAUUGUAACCUUGUGCAACACCAAAGUACUCACACAGGAGAGAAACCAUACAAGUGUCCAGAUUGUGGGAAAGCUUUCAGUUGGAAUUCUGAGCUGGUGAGACACCAGAGGACUCACACAGGACAUAAGCCGUAUGAGUGUCCAGAUUGUGGGAAAAGUUUCAGUAGGAAUUCCAGCCUGAUGAUACAUCAGAAUAACCACACAGGAGAGAAACCAUAUGAAUGUCCAGAUUGUGGAAAAUGUUUCCCACAUAAUUCCAAGCUGGUGAUGCACCAGAGAACUCACACAGGAGAGAAACCAUAUGAGUGUCUGUAUUGUGGGAAAAGUUUCAGUCGGAAUUCUCACCUGGUGGCACACCAGAGGACUCACACAGAAGAGAAACCCUAUGAAUGUCCCGAUUGUGGGAAAGAUUUCCGUUAUAGGACUAGCCUUAUAAAUCAUGUGAGGAUACACAUAGGGGAGUAACCAUUCAAGUUCCCAGAUUGCAGACAAAGAUAGUUUUCCACAAAAUUACUCCCUUAUCACACACAAGAAAUUAUUGCACUUGUGGCAGAAUUUGAUGUGUGUAGAGGAAUCUUGAAUUUGGUUUCUUGUCUCUCUUGGAAACCCAGCGGAGCAAUUUACCAUUUAAUUUGUUGCAUGAUUCUUUUGAAUGAAAUAUGUCUUAUUAUAGUAGUAGUGUAGUGUAGUGUAGAGUAGAACAUAGAGUAGAGCAAAGUCAAGUAGAAUAUAUAUGGAUCUGUAUUAGGUCUGUUUGUUGCCUUUACUUAUUUCUACAUAUAAGAAAGGGGGAUAUAAAUAUGUAUGCAUUUUUAUUCAGGAACAAAAUGUAUAUGGUAGCCUAACUUGUAUGACUCCACACAGUUUACAGCAAUAAAACUUUAAUACAGAAACCGAUAAACCCCAUAUAUUGCAAAUGGGAAAAUGCAAAGGCUUCACAUUUAACAUGUACUUCCCCUGCAAAUACAGGGCAGUUCUAGCAAGGUUGAUAGCAUUUGGAUGGUCUGGGAAUCCCAAAAAGGGGAUUCUUGCUUUUGUUCAAUUGUGUUCAUGCCUGAUGCCAUUCUUUCAACUUGCAAGGAGUUAAAUUGGAGAAAUUCACCACAGGAUUAGCGGCAUAUAAAUUCAUUAAAUAUAAACAAACACCUGGUUCCGAAACAAGCAUCUGGCGUGCAGUCCUCUCUUACCCCCGUGCUUAGGGGAAAAGCUAGUUUUUCUUUACGGAAGACCAGGAGGAUAAAAGCCUGCCAGACUUCAGAGUGAAAAGUGUUUCAUAGGGCAGGGUCUGCAACGGAAAUGGCUCACUUCCUAGCUCCUAUCAGAUGGCAAUAUUUAAGGCAAGGGACUAACAACGUGCCCACUGUAUCUGAUCUGGAAGGACAGAGAGAGAUGCAAAAAUAAAGGUGGAACAAUAAUGACAGGUGUUCUGGUGCCAUAGUUAUUGCAAUGUGGUAUUGCCAGCUGAUUCUGCCCACAGUCUGGAGUUCAAUGCUGAUCUGGCUCUAGGUUGACUCCGCCUUCCAUUCUUCUGCCAUCAGUAAAAUGAGGACCCAGAUCGUUGGGGACAAUAUUCUGACACUGUAAACCAAGAGUGCUUUAAAGCAGGGGUCUCCAACCUUGACAACUUUAAAAGAAUUCCGGGAGUUGAAGUCCACAAGUCUUAAAGUUGCGAAGGUUGGAGACCCCUGCUAUAAAGCACUGUGAGGUGAUAUAUAUGUCUAAGUGCUAUUUCUGUAAUUUAAAAAAAAAUGAUUUAAAGGUGAUGACCUUGAAUUGCACCUUAAAGAAAUGAACCAAUGCAGCUUGCACUACUAAGAUGUUACAUGGACUAUCUAGGGGGUCUCCAUUUAUUUAUUUAUUUAUUUAUUUUAUUUAAUUUAUAUACCGCCCUUCUCCCAAAGAACUCAGGGCGGUUUACAGCCAGGGUAAAAGCACAACUCAGAGAAGUUAAAAAACAUUUAGAAACUACUUAAAUUAAAGGCUGAAGGAAUAUAAGACUAUAAUAAAACCCCAAUAAGAACUUCAUUGAGCCAGCCCAGCACAAUGAAAUAGAAAAGUCUUUAGUUCGCGGCGGAAGGUCCGGAGGUCAGGAAGUUGACGUAUCCUCGGAGGCAGCUCAUUCCAGAGGGCAGGAGCCCUCACAGAGAAGGCUCUCCCCCUGGGGGUCGCCAGUCUACAUUGUUUGACCGAAGGCACCUGAGGAGACCCUCUCUAUGGGAGCACACGGGUCGAUGGGAGGCUAUUGGUAGAAGCAGGCGGUCUCGUAAAUAACCCGGUCCUAUGCCAUGGAGCACUUUAAAGGUGUUAACCAACACCUUGAAUUACUGGGUGCGCUACAGCGUUCUGUAUCAGUUGAAGUUUCUGGAUGGCGCAGUGGAGUACGAGCAAGAGUGACCCGUGUGCAAAUCCUCCUGAUCUGGGAAAGAGCACAAUUUCCUCGCCUGAUUAAUUUGUGCAAAGCCCCUCCCCCAGCCAUGAUCUCAAGCAGGAUCUGUGAGUCCAGGAGGACCCCCCCACCCACCCAGUUCAGUCGACAGGACUCUGCAACGGUCCCAAAUAAGACUCAAUUGCCAACUCUCUUGAGUUUUGAUCAUGGGACAAUGGGGAUGCUGGAGUUGUUGUGUGAAAAAUGGUCAUAGGUCAGGAUUUCCAGGGCUGUUGCAAUUUCAAACGGUCGCUAAAUGAAAUGUUAGGUGUCCAGGACCAGUUGUACAAAAUUGGGCAUCAUAAGUAUUGUUGGAAGAAAUAUCCAUCUGGCUCAGUUCCAAGCGGGGAAAAAGACACUGAAAACGUGGAGGCUGAUUGGAAAUAUGGUUUAAUGAAGCAGAGCCAUCAAGCACGUGGUCCUGGUGCAGCUGACCACAGGGAGUUGAGAGAGCGAGAUAUUUAUACCCUCCCUUGGGCUUUGCACUUGAACUUCCUCUUCCUGUGCAAGAAUAUGUAUUCUAUUGGUUGUUGUAGGGGGGUCACAGAUAACUUUGUAGGCUGGCUGAGUCCCCGGCUUGGUUGAAGUUUGCUGGGUGAUGCAGUGUCCCCAGCGAUUGUCCCAUGUGGUGAGCUCUGCUGCUUAGUGGGUUAAUCCUAUUGUAGCUGAAGGCUAGCCUUACCUCUGUUCACGGCCAGAUCAUGCUGCAGGCAGUAAUGGAUUACCAAAUCUGCAUUUCUAAAGCUGCCCCAGCUCAGUAUUUGCUUGGGGGAGGGGAUCAGGGAGCUGAGGCUCUGAGUUUCUGUCUCCAAGAGCAUGUUUCUCAAUUUCUCAUCAGGGAAAUAUAAUAUUCCGCCUUUUUAAAUAUUUCCAAAAAUAUUUCACUCUUCUAGGAGACGGGUGAAUUCUAACUCUCUACUGUAUGGAAGGCCUCCCCUAAUGAUUUCAUGUAGAUGUUAAAAAGGCACAGCAAAAGAUUUGAUCCCUGGGCAGUGGUGGGUUUCAAAUUUUUUUACUACCUGUUCUGUGGCUUGGUGGGAUGGGGCGUGGCUUGGUGAGCAUGGCAGGGGAAGGAUACUGUAAAAUCUCCAUUCCCACCUCAGUCCAGGAAAAGAAUACUAUAAAAUCUCCAAAGGGCCCGACUUGCUCCCGGCUUCUCCUCACGGCCUUCCCUCCACUCACCUCCCAGGAGCUGCUUCCACCAAUGGUGGGUUUCAAAUUUUUUUGCUACCAGUUCCGUGGCUGUGGCUUGGUGGGCAUGGCAUGGCUUGGUGGGCGUGGCAGGGGAAGGAUCCUGUAAAAUCCCCAUUCCCUCCCAAUCAGCUGGAACUCAGGAGGCAGAGAAUAGAUGGGGGCGGGGCCAGUCAGAGAUGGUAUUUACUGGUUCUCUGAACUAUUCAAAAUUUCCACUACCGGUUCUACAGAACUGGUCACAACCUGCUGAAACCCACCUCUGGCUUCCACCCCUUGAAACAGAACAAGAGGAACCAGCGACGUCAUCCUUCCAUGGGUUCUGACCCACAGAAGAGGAGGUUCCUGUACACUUCUCCAAAAUCCGCUCUAGCAAUCCAACACUCUUAUCGUUUCCAUUCGUUCCAGCUCAGCCUCUUCAUUCCCACACCCCACCCCAGUAGACUAGCAAUGCCACUAUGGUACUGUAUUCACUGCUUUCUAGGCGCGACUGUCGCUUCUUAAUAGAACAGAAUAGAAUAGAAUAGAAUAGAAUAGAAUAGAAUAGAAUAGAAUAGAAUUUUUUUAUUGGCCAAGUGUGAUUGGACAUACAAGGAAUUUGUCUUGGUGCAUAUGCUCUCAAUGUGCAUAUGUACAUUGAAGAGCGCCAUCUAGCGACAUAAGGCUGAAAAUCACACCACUUCUAUUUCUACUCUAAAGAAGAAUAGAAUGGUAUGGUAUGGUAUGGUAUGGUAUGGUAUAGAACAGAACAGAAUAGAAUAGAAUAGAAUAGAAUAGAAUUUUUUAUUGGCCAAGUGCGAUCGGACACACAAGGAAUUUGUGUUGGUGCUUAUGCUCUCUGUACAUAAAAGAAAAGAUACGUUCAUCAAGAAUCAUAAGGUACAACACUUAAUGAUAGUCACAGGGUACAAAUAAACAAUCAGGAAACAAUAUCAAUAUCAAUAUAAUAAAUGUUUUCAAUUUUCAAUAUAAUCAUAAAAGCAGAAUGUUUUCAUUGAUUCCGUGCUUCCUUCU